AUGGAAAUCUCCAUAAACGUCUUUGUUUUCCUGCUCUACACCCUGGUCGUUAUCUACCUUCAGCAUUUCGUCAACAAGUACACGGAGUUCGUGCGCAGCCUCUAG